UCCUUUCCGGAUGUGCGUCAUGCAGUGAGCAUACGGGAUUGCGUGCGCGGCAGCAGUGAAUAGUAGGCGGAAGACCGGGGAGGGGUCCGUGGACUGGAAGGGGAGCUGCGCUGUGGAGCAUUUCAGAUCUGCUUGGUAAACCUGGUGUAACAUCAUGCUGGCUGCAAAGUUGGUGUGUCUCCGGACACUGCCUUCCAGGGUCUUCCAUCCAGCUUUCACCAAGGCCUCCCCUGGUCUGAGGAAUUCCAUCACAAAGAAUCAGUGGCUCUUAACACCUAGCAGGGAAUAUGCCAGCAAGACAAGAAUUGGGAUCCGGCGUGGGAAAACUGGCCAGGAACUCAAAGAUGCAGCAUUGGAGCCAUCGAUAGAAAAAAUAUUUAAAAUUGAUCAGAUGGGAAGAUGGUUUGUUGCUGGAGGAGCUGCUGUUGGUCUUGGAGCACUGUGCUACUAUGGCUUGGGAAUGUCUAAUGAGAUUGGAGCUAUUGAAAAGGCUGUAAUUUGGCCUCAAUAUGUGAAGGACAGAAUUCAUUCUACCUAUAAGUACUUAGCAGGAAGUAUUGGUUUAACAGCUUUGUCUGCCUUGGCAUUGAGCAGAUCUCCUGUCCUCAUGAACUUCAUGAUGAGAGGCUCUUGGGUGACAAUUGGUGCAACCUUUGUAGCCAUGAUUGGAGCUGGAAUGCUGGUACGAUCAAUACCGUAUGACCAGAGUCCUGGCCCGAAGCAUCUUGCAUGGUUGCUACAUUCUGGUGUGAUGGGUGCAGUGGUGGCUCCUCUGGCGAUUCUUGGGGGCCCUCUUCUCAUCCGAGCUGCUUGGUACACAGCCGGCAUUGUGGGCGGCCUCUCCACUGUGGCCAUGUGUGCGCCCAGCGAGAAGUUUAUGAACAUGGGCGCACCCCUGGGAGUGGGCCUGGGUCUCGUCUUUGUGUCCUCACUGGGAUCUAUGUUUCUUCCACCUACCACGGUGGCUGGUGCCACUCUGUACUCAGUGGCGAUUUACGGUGGAUUGGUUCUUUUCAGCAUGUUCCUCCUAUACGACACCCAGAAAGUAAUCAGGCGUGCCGAAGUAACACCGUUAUAUGGAGGUCAAAAAUACGAUCCCAUCAAUUCGAUGAUGGCAAUCUACAUGGAUACAUUAAAUAUAUUUAUGCGAGUUGCCAGUAUGCUAGCAACUGGAGGCAACAGAAAGAAAUGAAAGGACUUCACUUCUGGCUUCUCUAAUACAUCAAAUAUCUUGCUUGUUUAAUAGGGGCAGAUAGUCAUUAAAUAGUUUGUACAAGCAGCUUACAUUGACAUUUAGAAGAUAAGAGCAUGUCAACAUACUUAAAAUGUUCCAGUAUAAUGUGAAACUUCAGGUCUGGUUUUUCUUCUGGAGAAUAAAUUCAGUAGUUCUCUUCCAAAUAAGCACACACAUUUCCAGUUCUCAUGUUUGAGUUAUUAAAAAUGUUUUAAUGAAUAUGAAAAGUAAGAUUGUGUUAUCAAAAUUCAAGUAUUUUAUCUGUUUUUAAUUUUAUUUGGUUAAGUAAAAAUUAGCAAACUUGUGUUAACCUGCCUGUUAUGGGAUUGCAGAAUAUAGUGUAAGUAAUGUCAUAAGUGACAUAGAGAUUUGGUAAAGGGACCAGAAGAGAAGGGUCACCACAAUUUCCCUUCGAAUAUUUAGGACUCAGAAUUUGUAUAAAUGCUGGGAAGCCAGUGAGAGUUGUCUGGCUAUUUGGAAACAAACAAGUGAUCACUGUUUUUCAUCUGCUGGACUUGGCGGAAGCAGAAAGUGUAAGACAGAGAGUCUCCCCACACUCCUCAGCGCCCUCCUUAUAAGGGAGAUGUGGUCGUGUCUGGCCUCUUAAUUAUUGUUACAGUAGUCCAGCAUGUUUAUCAUGGGGAACCCCUAAUAACAGUAUAUAUGUAAAUUUUUACUUUUGGACUUCUAGAAUAAAAUAUUCUUAAAAUUAUCAAGGUAAUAUAUGCAAAGCAUGAAGUUUGUUGCAUAUUCGGGUAUACCAUAAUGUGUUCAUAAUUGUUGAGUUUUUUUGCCUGUUUAUUGAAAUGUGUAAUAGAAUACGUGCUUACCUUUCUCAUCUCUUCAAGAUUUAUUACAAAACAUUUAUCACAAGCCUUCAUCACAAAAGCCUGUUUGAGGCUUACACUUGAAAACGUGGAAGCAGUUUUUCUCCUGAGACUGUUGAUUUCUUGGUUUCCUUUACAAUUAAGCAGUAAAAAGCAAGGCAAAACUAGUUCUGUCUUUGUGAACUCUAUCAGUAAAAAGUGGAGUGGGGAAAGUGCUGCCUUAGGGUUUCUCCUAGCAACAUUUUCCUUCUCCUGCAUAGACCAUUAUUUAACUUUCUUGUGACAUUUGUAAAUUUUUUGAUACAGAGGAGUUAUUUUUGGAAGUCUUUAAUGAGUGAAACAAGUCUGUGUGAUUAUUGAGAUGAUUGCUAUUUUUGACAAAUACUUAUUACAGUAAUCCAGAAAUAACUAUUCUAACCAUCUCAAAUUAUGUAGGAUGCUUAUUUCUGAAAUAAAGUUCUAGCCAGAUGGUGA